UCCCAGAUUUUGGAGAUGGACACUCUAUCAGCUUCAAACAAUCAGUUUGCUCUUGAUCUUAGCAAAAGGCUGGCUGAGUCAGCUGCAGGAAAAAAUGUCUUCUUUUCCCCCUGGAGCAUCACUACCUCCCUGGCUAUGGUCUAUUUGGGUGCGAGAGGUAAUACUGCGACUCAGAUGGCAGAGAAACUUGGAUUCAGCAAAAUUGGAAACCUCUAUUCUGAAUUCCAGAGACUUUUACUUGAAAUCAACAAGCCCAGCAACGCCUACUUGCUUAAGAACAUCAGCAAGUUAUAUGCGGAAAAGACAUAUCCUUUCAAAGGUGAGUUUUUACAGAACGUGAAGAAGUAUUUUUCAGCUGAUCCACAGUCAGUUAAUUUUGGGGAAGCUGAAAAAGUCAGGAAAGAAAUCAAUUCCUGGGUUGAAAACCAGACUGAGGGUAAAAUUACAGAUCUUCUACCUGAUGGUUCUGUUGACUCUUUGACCAAAAUGGUACUAAUUAAUGCUAUCUACUUCAAAGGAAAAUGGGAACAGAAAUUCAUGAUCCAAGAUACUACUGAGAAACCUUUCAAAAUAAAUGAGACAACAACUAAACCAGUGCAAAUGAUGUCAAUGAAAAAAACUCUUCAUAUACUUCAAGUAGAAGAGCCACCAACCAAAAUCAUUGAGCUCCAUUAUAACAACCGUGAAAUUAGCAUGUUCAUUCUGCUCCCAGAGGAUCUCAACGGCUUACAAGAGCUGGAAAAUGAAAUUACAUAUGAGAAGUUAAAUUACUGGACUUGUGCUGACAUGAUGGAUACAGAUGAAGUGCAAGUACAUCUACCCAGAUUCAAGAUGGAAGAGAGUUAUGACCUCAAAUCCACACUGAUCAGCAUGGGGAUGAGCGAUCCCUUCAGUCCGGGCCAAGCCGAUUUCUCUGGAAUAUCGGAGGGAAAAGAGCUGUUCCUUUCACAUGUUUUUCAUAAGGCUUUUGUGGAAGUCAAUGAGGAAGGCACAGAAGCAGCAGCUGGCACUGGGAGUGUCUUGACAGUACGAAUGAAAAAUCCUUUGAUUAUUUUUAAUGCAGAUCACCCAUUCCUCUUUUUCAUUAGACAUAACCCCACUAACAACAUUCUCUUCCUUGGCAGAUUCUGUUCCCCUUAGAUUGCAUGUUGUUCACACACCUGGGUCACAGUUCAGUCAUAUUUUGGAUUUUUCUUGUACUUAAUUUUUCCUAAGUGCUUUCAUACAAAUGAUCUCUUUUUGUCCUCAUAAAAUUCCUGGUUUGUAGGAAGAGGCAGCUAAUAUUAUCCCCAUUUUCAGAUGAGGAAACAGGUCGAGAGGUGGUGACGUUGCAGAAAUGGGACUAAGAACCCAGUUCUCCUAACUCCAGACCUGUGCAUCACAUGACCUCCUGUUCUCAGUACUGAAAAUGCACCAAAAGAUUAUAAAAGACAAAAUUUUAAGGGAAAGCCCUAUUGCUACUCAGAGGUUUUGAAAAUCAGAAUUGAAGUCUCAAAGUGAACAAGUCUUAGAAUAUGGGAUAAGUGAAUUUCAAAUGUAGAAGUUACUGUACCUUGGCCUAGUGAACAGAUUCAUAAUAGCAAUUUAACUACAGCUGUACGUUCAUCCUUGCUGUUUUUCAACAGCAAUUAGUCUGGAAGAUUUUCAACAGUAUUUAGUCUGGAAGAUUUUUCUUUCAUUUUUAACUUCUUUUGUGUUUUAGAGAAUUUUGUUUGCUAUCCCUCCACAUGUUUCAUAUAUAAUAUUCAUGCUGGAGCUCUGCCUGGCUUCCUAUUGACUGCUACAAGGAUAUUAUCUACUCAACAUACAGUGAAUGAGAUAAGGCAAUUCCAUAUAAAAGCUUAUAUCUUUGUCUCAAGCUAAUGCUUUGACUAUUAUGCAAUACUGAAUGUGCACAGAAAUAUUUGCUCUUCUUAUGAAAAAUUUAUAGUAAAAUUUAAC